CUGGUUAUUUCCUGCAAAAAUAACGCGACCAAAUACCGUUUCGGAUUGCGUCGUUUUUUGUUCUUGUACAAUAAAACUAGUCGGGUGGCCGUUUAGUUGCGGGUUUCGACUCUAUCGAGGACGGUCGCGGCUCGAGGAGCAGACGUUGCGUAAAGUUAUUACACAACGAUAAAUCCGCCGGUAUUCGAGAUUCGUGGUUCGCGGUGAUACAUUAGGAAAUUCCCCGAUACAAUUAGGCAAAAGAAUGAACAGUCUGUGAUACGGUUAAACUUCAACAUUGAAACGAUACGAAAAUGACAUCGAAACUAGUGCAAAUGCAGGUGAGAAACAUCUCUUCAACUAAAAACCACUCGUAAAUAUUCUACAUAAUAUACGGAAUGUGUAAGUAAAAUAAUUGGGAACGAUUCAGUUCGUUCUGCGCAUGUUUACCGCGCACGAAGCAUGCGCAGUAUAGAUAAAGUACUGUAGGCACAUUAUAUGGAAAUAUAGGUUAUAAUAUAAAUAAGGGAUUAUUUGCGAUGAAUAUUCUAGAUCUAAUUGGGGGGGUUUUUUUUUUGUAAAAAAAUGUCAUCAAACGUAAUCUAUUCUUGGUGGAAAUGAUUUAAAUCAAUUAGGAAUUAAAUGCAGAAAAAUAUCGGUACGGAAACUGUGUGUCAAUACAAACAAAUUUAUUCAAUCUGAACACAUACUGAAUUAAUUCUCGUAAUCAGACCUUGUAUGAAAAAAAUCAGCGGUAGAUAUUUGCACAAUACCAAAUUGGAUACAAUGUUUUACAAUUAUUUUUUUUCCAACACAAAAUUAUGAAUCAUCUAUGAGUAUUUGCAAUUUAAAUUAUUUAACACUAACUAAAAAUAAUAUAUUUGCAUAGUGAAUGUUCUUCGACAAAUAAAAAAAUAUAUAAAUAAUAAGCUAGUGGAAAAUAAUUUGGAUUUGAUACGUUUACUGGAUAUAACCUAAAAGUCAUCUGUCAAAGAGACAUCUAUCUUUAUAUUUAGUGUUUAAAUGAAUUGGUUCGAAUCUUAAAUAAAAAAAUAACAAUUUUAUUCCAAAACAAAUUUAUCAGAAAACAAUCUAAAAAAAAACAUUUGUAAUUAGUGUUAGAAGUUUGGACUAAAGACUAAAAUAACAUAAUUCGUACCUACAUCAUAUAAUCAAAUCAUUCGUCGAACAAAAGUUAGGUUAGGUUUGACCAACGAACAGUUAUCGUAAUUUUUCUUUAUGGUGAAACCGAACUUGUUGAAAAUACACAAUGCGGGAUAUAUUUAGCGGUACAUUAGUUACAUUUUAAUUUAUCUUUAUGCAGAAUUGUAAUAAUGUUACAUUUUCAUAACUGUUAAUUCGUGAUAAUACCUUACAAAACGGUACUUUGAUAUUUUACAAACGAGCGUUUAAUUUAAUUCGAUUCUUCCAUAACGAAAACGUCCCGAUAAUUUGUGAAAUAUUUCGAUAACUUAUAUUUUAUUAACCUCGUCGAAUCAACCUUGAAAAUCGAAUAUGUGUUUACAAACAUAUUACAAUUCGAUGUUUUGAAUGCUAACCUAACCAACGUUGUAAAAAUUUAACGAUCGAAUUAAGAAUCUAGUCAAGUGAGUACGAACCGAUUUCGUGAAACACGUGAAAGUCAAUAAAUUGUAUUUAUUAGGCCAGUCCGAAAUGGUAGUUAUGUUGCUUACAAUAAAACGAUCAGUGCCUACAGGGACACGCGGGUGCAGCUGUUGACGCCUUAAAACGACUUGUCCUAAAGUUGUAAAAGGUUUUGUGACUGUCAUGGCUUUUACCGAUACUUUUUUACUUUUUACUGAUUGCUUUUGUAACCUACGCAAUGUCAAUAGUGUUCAUAUGGUAUAUAUACAAUCCCAGACUAACUUAAAUUUAAUAUUAUGUAAACUGAUUGCCUUUAAAGCCUCCUGAUUGUAAGUUAAUAAUUUCGAGUAUUCCAUUUUUUCCCGAAAGCAAAACAUACGGAUUGGCCUAUUAAUGUCGCUUCCUUAUCUGUUAACUGGUGACUACAAGUACCCGACGAUUGUUCAUAAAUUUCUCAUUCAAAUGACUAGUAGUACUAUUACAAUGUCAAAAAAUAACAAAAUGGUAGUUUAUAACUAUAUUAUUUCACAUUAUAAAAUUAUUUCUGAUCAUCUACGAAAUAAAAUUAUAAAACAAACAACAUCGAAUUGAAAGAUUAUAUACUCGAUAGAUCUGCCACACCCGUACCAAGAAACAAAGAUUUCUAUAAUCAAAUGUUCAUAUCCAUGCUAAUUCCGCGGGAAAUUUGAAAAUAACUGACCCAUGCUACAACUGUUAAUGUAACAGGCGCACGGUUUUUUAUGCGGCGUGUACAUUCAUACGUGAUCGACAGCCGAAUAAGUUUCGACUAAAGCGUCCAGUUGAAAAAAACGAAAUCACCUUCAAUGAUUUAUGAAAUUCUGUUCAACGCCUUUCGUAGUUUUACUUUAUUUUAUAUUCUUGAGUAAUAUUGAAAAAAAAAAAACACGAUUCCUAGUUAGGUUAUGAUUCAUUAAAUUGAAAUAAUAACAGGAGAAUAUGAAUUGAUAAUGAAUAAAUAUGUAUCACCGAAUUUAAAUAAUGUGUCGAUAAAUUUUGAAAGCUCUUGGGGUUCGAAAGCAUUAGAUUUAAAAGGUGUAUAUAAAUGUUUAUUAUUACAGGCUCGCUUCCAACAACGACAGAUGCAAGAAAAAGAAGAAAAACUUUUGAAGCUAUACGAAAAUCAACAACAAAGGGCUUUCGAUAAAAUUGGAAGGGGGAGCGCCGGUAGUAACGACAGUUUACCUACAACGAAUACCGGAGGAAAAGUCCGCCAAAUGUUUGACGAAAGAAGACAAAAAGCUGGAAUAGAUAAAAGUUAUCCGCUGGAACCGUUAAAAUCUAAAAACAAUUCGAGAGGAUUGUAUCCCGAAAGGAAAACGACUGUUAGAGCAACCGUUCAAAAUAGUACUACAGUUAUUAAAAAUGGAAAACCGUUAGUGAAGAAGAAAGAAGUAGUGAAUAAGGUUUAUGAAAAUAUUAAUGGAAAAGAAACUUUUGAGGAAAUUAAAUACGUAAAAAAUGGCGAUAACGAAAAUCAUUCGAAAUCGUAUAGGGAAAUAAUAGAAAUAGAUAAUAAUAACAAAAUAGAUGGCAUAGAAAAUGAAAAAAUGCCUUUAUACGAUCUAGACGAAGGGGAUAACGAUAACACUCUUGCGAAGAGUAACAAAAAUAAUAAUAGUAACUUAAUAACGAAGAAAACGCCAACAAAUAAUAAUGCAGCAUAUAUCAAACAAGAAAAUCAUCAAAAAAAUAACUUGACUAACGUUAAAAGAACCUCAACUAAACAAACAGCUUCCCCACCAAGAAACAGUACUCCAAAUAGUCCGGUUAAGAAGACAUCUAAUACUGGAAUGCAAGACAAAUCAAAAACAACAGUACCUCGUGCACCGUCAUCGACUCGUCCAUCGGCCAAACAACAAAGUCCUCGAACUGUAGUGAAUAGAGACGAUCUCACCGAAUGCACUUAUUGCGGUAGAAGAUUCGCCGAAGAUCGUAUUGAAAAACACGAAGACGUUUGCUCGAAAACGGGAAAGAAAAAACGAAAAAUAUACGAUGCCACAAAGCAUCGAGUACUUGGCACCGAAUUGGAAUCGUACGUUUUAAAAGGUCCUAGAUCAAAAAUAAACAACAAGUCGUUAACGAGAACUGUUCCGAAGAAAGACUGGCGUCGAACUCACGAAGAGUUCAUUUCAGCGAUAAGAGCAGCGAAAGAAGCUCAAGUUCAUUUGUCCAAAGGGGGGAAACUAUCCGAUCUACCUCCACCGCCACCGUCGUCGAAUCCUGAUUACGUGCAAUGUCCCCAUUGCGGGAGGAGGUUUAAUCAAGCCGCAGCCGAAAGGCACAUCCCCAAAUGUGCCGAUUAUCAGUUUAAUAAACCUAAACCUGGAACAGCCUCUAAAAGUCGAAUACAAAAAAAAUAGUUGAUCUUGAUCUAAUUUAUAUUUUUAUACAGCUUGAUUAUUAAUUUUUAUUAAAAAAAUUAUUUGUAUUAAUAUUUUCUAUUAUAAUGUAUAUUUAAUUAAAGAUAUAUAAUGACUAUAUCAUUG